UAGGCAUCGAAAUAAACUAGCCACGAAAAACAGGUGACGCAUUUAUCAAUUUCGUUUAUGUCAAAAGUGCAGACAAAGAGUGUGAUUAUUUUGUAAUUUUCCACAUUUUUAUAAUUUUUUGUGAAAAAUGUCGUCGAGAAAAAAGGCACUACUGAAGGUAAUCAUCCUUGGUGAUAGCGGUGUGGGCAAAACUUCGCUUAUGAAUCAGUUUGUCAACAAGAAAUUUUCCAACCAGUACAAGGCAACAAUAGGCGCAGAUUUUCUCACGAAAGAGGUAAUCGUAGAUGAUAGAAUCGUCACCAUGCAGAUUUGGGAUACUGCUGGCCAGGAACGAUUUCAAUCUUUAGGAGUGGCGUUCUAUCGUGGGGCGGAUUGUUGCGUCUUAGUAUUUGACGUAACUGCCCCCAACACGUUCAAGUCCUUGGAAAGUUGGAGAGACGAAUUUUUGAUACAAGCUUCGCCAAGAGACCCUGACAAUUUCCCAUUUGUCAUUUUGGGCAACAAGAUCGACUUGGACAAUCGCGCUGUUUCUGCUAAGCGGGCACAACAAUGGUGUCAAAGUAAAAAUGAUAUUCCCUAUUUUGAAACUAGUGCCAAAGAGGCUGUGAAUGUGGAGCUUGCUUUCCAGACCAUAGCUCGGAAUGCCUUGGCCCAGGAGACAGAAGCAGAGCUGUACAACGAGUUUCCUGAUCAAAUCAAGCUUAACGCCAAUGACAAUGGUCGUAACAGGGAUGGUGAUAACUGUGCUUGCUAGGCCCUAAGAAAUAUGCUUCAAUGAUGGCAAUUUAUUAGUC